AUGCUGCAGUUUCUCGCCAACUCGGACAGUAAUCUCUUCGUAGGGGCUGGCGUGGCCUUGGCAGCAGUACUGGCCAUCAAGUACGUGAACGUGCGAGCUGAAGCAGCUCAGCAGCGUGCGUACGAGGCAGCCAAAGCUCGGCAAGAAGUGCUCAAGGCGGAGCGGGAGAAACCCAUCAAGCGUCGGUUCUUCUCACCGGAAGAGCUAUUGCCCUAUAAUGGCGAGAACGACCAGCCCAUUUACAUUGCAGUGCUGGGCGAAGUGUACGACGUGAGUCGCAAGCGAGACUUUUACGGUCCGGGCGAGGGGUACCACCUCUUUGCGGGUCGAGACGCCUCUCGGGCGCUCGCGAAGAUGUCGUUCGAGGAGGAAGAUCUGGACAGUGCCGACCUCUCGGACUUGAGCUUCAUGGACAAGGAGACGCUCAAGGAUUGGGUUACCAAGUUCUCUGUGUACAAUGGGUACCCGAACGUAGGGCGCGUGCUGCGACGGCGUGACUUGACGCUUGAGGAGCUCAAGCAGUUUAACGGCGUGGACGAUCCACGGAAGACUGUCUACGUGGCUCUGAAUGGCAAUAUCUAUGACGUGACGCUGGACGGAAUGGACCAUUACGGACCAGAAGGAGGCUACAAGCAGUUUGCAGGGCGAGACUGCUCGCGCUCCCUCGCCUGCAUGUCCUUCCUGGACGAGUAUCUGGACGACCCGACGCUGGAUGGGAUCACUGAGCAGCAACGAGAGACGCUGAUCAAGUGGGAGGACAAGUUCAAGGAGAAGUACCCCGUCGUGGGCAAGAUCAUCACGUAG